GGGUCUCCACCUGUUGCAUUUCAGUGCGCGCCGGCAGAGGCGGAGUUGCGGAGGGGAGAAGGUGGAACCCGCUGCUCGGUAACUGAGCAAGGAGGGUGCUUGGCAAGACGCUGGAGGUGGGGAGUGGAAGCAGGCUGGGGGGAAGUCCCCGACGGGGCGGCCUCAGAGGGGAGGAAGAUCCGCAGCUCAGCUGCUGCUUCCAGCAGCCUGGAGUGAAUCCAGGCUCCGGGGAAAAGCACCAAGCAGCGGGUGGCGGAUCACCAAGCACUAAACUCGGAUUUAUUUUUUUUUCUCCCCUGCUCUCUACCUUUGGGGACCUCAGCAGCAGACCUUCGAAAGUUUGUGUUCCAUGGAAGAAAGAUUGGGUAGCUCUAGAUACUGGAAAUACUGGAGUAUUUCUACUGAACAAGAGACUCCAAAAAUGGAAGAAUCUGAGAUUUGAGCAAGAAAAAAAUCAGCUGAGAUUCUGUGGUGCUGAAAGAAUUGGUGAAUCCCAGUGUAGGAUUCUGUGCAAGGGACAUCAGAACCAAGGUUCAUAAGAGCUUAGAUCUGGAAAGGACUUUAGAGCCCAGUCCAAACAUUUACACAGAAGAUACUGCUGGGUAGGAAUUUCAAGUCUGGAAAGAAAGAAAGAGCCUAAACUUAAGCCUGUAGAGGAUAUGACUUUGGGAGAUUCAAGAGGGUUGAGGUUUUCCUUUAGCCACGCGGAAACAAGAACCUCCUCCCUACUCCUUGUCACUAAGAGCCAAAAAUAUUAAGAGUGCUGGAACUGGGGAGGAGAGAGAAGGAGGAUCUGAAACUGGGCAGCAAGGAACAAACUGGCUUGGGGAAGAGGCAAUAGCCAAGAACUGCAACACGUUGCUCUUUGGAAGACAUCUGGUGGGGAAAGAAGAACCCUGGAGGAGACUCUGACUUUCUUCCUAAGGUACAAAGGCACCCUAAAACUGUCCAGAUAAGGCUUUAGCAUGGCACUGGUCUGAAGAGAAAAACAAACAAACAUUUCUUGGGAAGUGACUAUCAUGGGCAGCGCCAGUUCUGACCGACAUCAGUGUAAGGCAUCCUACCGUACUCUCACAAUAUAAAAACAAAUGCUUUUUCAUCAUUGAGCUGCCCACCUUUUCUGUCACAGUUAUCUUCCUCCCCACUCCCUUCCUGCCACCACAGUGGGUUGGAGAGGACCAAACUGGGCAAAAUUUCCUUAGGGACCUUGCCAGCCAUGGCAUGUCAGGGCUGCUGCUGCUGCUGGAGUGCUGGGCACCUCAACCAAGACAAUGCCAGAUUCUUGCUACUGGCUGUCUUGAUUGUCCUAUACAUGUUGUGUGGGGCAGCUGUCUUCUCAGCAAUUGAGAGAGCUCAAGAGUGCAGGGCAAAGGAGCAGUGGCGGGAGAAGUUACUAAACUUUAGCCUGACUCACAAUCUGAGCCUUGAUGAGCUUCAAGGUUUUCUCCGGGAUUAUGAGGAGGCCACAGCUGCUGGAAUCCGAAUCGGUGACAGCCGGCCCCGGUGGGACUUUACUGGUGCUUUCUAUUUUGUAGGCACUGUGGUGUCCACCAUAGGUUUUGGCAUGACAACACCAGCAACUGUGGGAGGCAAAGUUUUUCUGAUAUUUUAUGGUCUCAUUGGAUGUGCGGGCACCAUCUUGUUCUUCAACCUCUUCUUAGAGCGUCUGAUUACAGUCAUCGCCUUCAUCAUGAAGUCAUGCCAUGAAAGGCAGCUCAGAAAGAAGGGGGUGCUGCAAUCUGAUAACCAGAGAAGCUCUGGAACUUCCGAGGCAGACAGCAUGGUGGGAUGGAAGCCCUCAGUGUAUUAUGUCAUGCUGAUCCUGUGCAUGGCCUCCCUCAUCAUCUCCUGCUGUGCCUCGGCCAUGUACACACCCAUUGAAGGCUGGAGCUACUUCGAUUCUCUUUAUUUCUGCUUUGUGGCCUUCAGCACCAUCGGCUUUGGCGACCUUGUCAGUAGCCAGAAUGCCCAGUAUGAGAGCCAAGGGCUCUAUCGCUUUGGCAACUUUGUCUUCAUCCUCAUGGGGGUCUGCUGCAUUUAUUCCUUGUUCAAUGUGAUCUCCAUCCUCAUCAAGCAGUCCAUCAACUGGAUCUUGAAGAAAAUGGAAUGCCACUAUUGCCAGUGCCAAAGAAAAGCCUUACUCUUACGGAGAAAUGUGGUAACUCCCAGCAAUGUGCGGAGUGGGCAAGAAAUCUCCAUUGAGACAGAUGGCGUGAUCGAGAGUGAAACAGAUGGGCGUCGUCUCUCAGGAGAGAUGAUCUCCAUGAAGGACUUCCUAGCCUCCAACAAGGUCUCAUUAGCCAUACUACAGAAGCAGCUGUCAGAGACAGCCAAUGGAUGUCCUCGACAGGCCAAUGUGUCAGCCAGACACAAAGGAUUUUCAGGAGGGGUGGGAGCUCUGGCAAUUAUGAACAACAGGCUGGCAGAAACAAGCGGGGAUAGAUAGAUAGAGAGAAGCUCUGGACACUGGAAGCCAAGUAGAGGGCAAAGGACAGAAGGAGUUGUCAUCAAAGAGACCAAGCAAACAGAGCGGAACUGUCUGCCCUGCGAGGCCUUGACAACGGCUCCGUAACAUUGGUGGCAGUUUGGCAUCAUCUACGGGCUUGGCCCUUGGCAGAACUUUGUUCCCCCAAACAGCUGCCUUCCAAGGGACCUGUGUUGAAUGAAAUUGUCUUUCUUCCCCUUCUUUUUUUUAUAUAUAUAUUCCUUAAAUCUGAGACCAGCUCUAAAAACUAAUCACAGAAGCAUCACAGAGAAGAUUAAACUCUCUUCUUCUGGGUCAACUAAUGCCUUAAAAUUGCCUUAUUAUUUGUAUAGUGCUUUACACUUUACAAAAUGAGUUUCCAUUUCCAGUACCCCAUUUGAUCCUCACAAACAGGUAGGUCUUGGAGGUGUACAGGUCAAGGAUUACCUUCCCCGUUUUUAAAAAAAUACAGGUGAGGAAACCCUAGCUCAGAGAGGCCAAGCUUACACAGCAGUAAUAGGCAGUAGAAGAGAGACACCACGUUAGCUCUUCUGUGGGGUAUUAAACGUCAUACAGAGUGGUCUGGUUCAGCUGAGGAAGAGGAGAUGGAAGGGAGGGUUGUAUGUUUUAAGACUUAAUUUCUUGCUGUUUGUUAUCCUUUAAAUGGAAGAAGGAUCUUGAUUCUUGCUUCGCAACUUCAGAGUUGCUGACCUGUUAACCAAUGUCAAAUUAUCCCUUCAUUCUACACCUUCUUUAUUAGCUCGCUGGUUAAUCUCUGUCUCUUCUUCCCUCCCUCCCCAGUCUUCUCUGAACUAUAUAACUCAUACUCUUUCUUAAAAAGAGAAUUGUUGCCACUUAGAGCUAGAAGCUGACAGAGCAGCAUUUCCAAGUCCAGGGGGAAAAAACAUUUAUUUUGUAUACAUGGGUUUUGGUAUUUUUUUUUUAAUAGUGUUUUCUCCUUUAUGGUUGCUAGCCGACUGAGCAAGAAUUGACCAAGCAGUCAGAUUCCAUUUCAGGCUUUUGAAUUGCAAUGAGGAAAAACAUUCCUCUAUCUGUGCUUGACUGCCUCCUUCCUGAUUCUCACACAGCUCCUUUCCUUCUAUUAUAAAGUUUGGGUCUUGAUUAGAAUUCACGCUGAACAAAUCCAUUUUAUUCAGUAAUGUUAGCUGAGCACUUGUCAGGGACCCAGAGAGAAGAUCUGGAUUAAGCACACACGCGCGCGCACACACACACAUACACACACAUUCAUUGUAGGCAGAUAAACAAGCUGAGGUGACAUUCACCUGAUGCCUUUAAAAACCAUCCAGCAUCAUGUCUAGGUAAUUGCAGAAGGAUCCCUCUAAGGUGCGUAAGGAAAUGAGGCUGGGCCGUUUCUCAUCCUUUUCAUUCUCUGGUCUCUAUGCAUCAUCUCAGAACUGUUUCUAAGCCUUGCCAGCAAUGAGAAGAAAUUCCAAACAACCUCUUUCUUUAAUUUUUUCCUUUUUUAAUAUUAAAAGCACCUCACUUCCCAGUAGGGUUUGCAAGGCUAACUAAAGGAGGGGAAGGAAGGAGGAAGAAAAAAAGAAGAAAGGGAGGGAGGAAGGAAGGAGGAGGAA